UCUCGUGGAGUUUCUAAAAGAAAUGGCAGAAUAUCAUCAGGCUAAAGAGACUUGUGACAUGGACACUCAGACAAGUCCAAUGUUGCCUAGCAAAGACUCUCUUGCUGAGAAGCUUCAACAUAUUGAUGAUCAGUUUUCAGGUGAUUACCCUGAGCAUCCAACAUUGAGAACUUUAGAAAUAAAGUUAAAUGAAUAUAAGAGAGAACUAGAACAGCAUCUUCAGGCAGAAAUGCAUGAAAGGAUGGAAACAAAAGAAAUUUAUGCUCAAAUACAGCUUCUACUAAAAGAUAUCGAUUUCCUAAGAGGCAGAGAAGCAGAACUGAAGCAAAGAAUUGAAGCUUUUAAUUUGUAUCAACUUGAGCUAAAGGAUGACUACAUCGAUAGAUCUAACAGACUGGAUGAAGAGGACAGGAAGAAUAAAGAAAAAGCUAUUCUUUUGCAAGAGCAGCCCACGGCUACCAAUUCAAAACAGGAAGAAGAAUGCAAUUAUUCUGCAACUCGUUUGAAAGAACUUGAGCUUGAGCUCGAAUCUCUCAAGGCCCAGUUCUUGGCAAUAACCAAGCAAAACCACCUGCUGAAUGAAGAGAUGAAAGAGAUGAGUGGCUAUUCGCUUCUAAAAGAAGAGAAAUUAGAGCUUCAGGCUCAAAAUAAAUUACUUAAACAACAACUGGAAGAGAGCAGAAAUGAAAACUUGCAUCUUUUAAACCUUAUAGCUCAGCCAUCUCCUGAACUGGUAAAUUUGCAGAAACAGUUGAAGAAAGCAGGAGCUGCUAUCGUGUUAGGGCAUAAGAAGUUUGAAACUCACAAGGAGGCUCUGCACAGACAGCUGCAAAGUGAAAUUGAGCAUUCUGCAAAGCUGAAGGCCCAGAUAUUAAAUUAUGAUGCUUCUGUAAAGAGGUUAACUAUGCAGGUGGCUGAUUUAAAAUUGCAACUGAAGCAAACUCAGACAGGUCUGGACCAAUCCCAGUCCUUUGCUUUUCCCAGUCCUUGUCCUGAAAGAAUGCUCCAGCCUUCAGCAACUGAAUCUAGGCACAGCCUUUCCAUCCAUUCACUCUCAAGCCUUCUGGAACAGAAAGCCAAUCUUUAUCAAAGACAAACUGAAGUUCAAGACAGAAAUGAAUUUUCAAAUGUGGAUGAACUAUCUUUUAAGGAUAAUGAGGAAUUUGGAUCAUCUUUUGAAUAUGCAGCAGACUUGCCGACACAGUUUGAAGUGAAUGGCCUCCAUCCUGCUGGUGACAUGCCUCCCUUGGAAACUGCCUUGGGUGCUCCUCCUGCCAGACCUAUCUCCUCUCAGUACCCAAGUGCAGAUGAGAAAGAAGUUAGAGAAGAGAGUGAAGAAGAAAGAAUAUGGAACCUGCUGAAAGAACAAAAGCUGAGAGAAGAAAGAAGGCAGAAUGAACAGAAAGCUUUGGAAAGAGAACGGAGAAAACUAGAAAAACUGGAUCGAGAAAGGCAGAUUAUUAAAGAGUCUUUUAAGACUGAAAUGGAGAAAGAAUUAGAAGUGAGCGCUCAAGAAAUGAAAGACAAAUCUGUUUGUGGUGACUAUGCUUUAAAGAAAUACAUGCAUAUCACCCAGAAGGACCAAGACCUGAAGAAGGUGGAUAAGAGCUCAAUAAAGAGUGUCAGAGAAGACUCACAAGUGAACACGCUGCCCCCUAGUGACAAAGAUUAAAGUUUCACAGACCUGUCUCAUGAAGAACCAGGUGACUUUUGGUAACGACCUGUGCUGCCCAGCUUUUUUCUCAUGUAAC